GCUGCUCACAGUAAACUCUAAAGAGAAAAUGCGAUAUGAGAGGUAUAAGAACCACCUGGAUCCUCCCUCCAGGUGGAACACUACCACGGUCAAAGUAUUCGACUCUCUCUUAGCAGUGCUAUGCCUCUUGUCCAGCAGUAACUGCUGACAUUCCUUUCCCUUUCUAUCGAUACCCCGUAUUAUUCCUAUCUAUAAUACAAUACAUCAACAAGAUGGCAGAAGAAGCAUUAACACAGCCCUUCACCCGGAGUAGCCUCCGAGGUGCCGAUGGCGAGAAUCUCAGAGCGUCGCGGACGCACUCGAUCGAUGAUGCAGACCCUCUCGACCUGCCUUACCGCCAGGUCACUGCGGAGGCCGACAUGCAGGAGUAUACGACGGAGACGAGGGAGGGUCAGAUCAUCAAACCGGUCCGGUCAAGAGUCACGGGCGAGAUGGAGGAUUGGAAGUUGGUGACCUUCACUGAGGGUGAUCCAGAGAAUCCCAAGAAUUGGUCCAAGCUCUUCAAGUGGUACAUCACCAUGGUUGUCGCUUUCACAUGUUUCGUCGUCGCUUUCUGCAGUAGUGUCAUCACCGCCGAUCUCGAAGGUGUUGCGGAGACCUUCCAUGUCUCCCGGGAGGUGGCGUUCUUGACAAUCACUUUGUUCGUUAUUGGAUUCGGUGUUGGACCUAUGGCCUUUGCUCCCAUGUCCGAGAUGUUGGGGCGUCGGGUCAUCUACGCAUCGACGCUCCUCCUCGCCGUGGUUUUCGUUAUUCCUUGUGCCGUUUCCAAGAAUAUCGGCACACUCCUUGCCUGUCGAGCUAUUGACGGCAUUGCCUUCAGUGCCCCAAUGACCCUCGUCGGUGGUACCCUGGCUGAUCUCUGGAGGAAUGAGGAGAGAGGUGUCCCUAUGGCCGCCUUCAGUGCUGCGCCCUUCAUGGGUCCCGCCAUCGGUCCUCUGGCCGGUGGUUUCCUGGGUGACGCUGCUGGUUGGAGAUGGCUCUACUGGCUUCAAUUGAUUCUCUCUGGUGUCGCCUGGUGUCUGAUCACGUUCACUGUCCCUGAGACAUAUGCCCCCACCAUUCUGGCCAAGAGAGCAAAGAAACUGAGGAAGGAAACGGGCGACCAGAAGUACGUGACAGAGACAGAGCUCGAUUCUCGGUCUAUGGGUGAGAAGCUGAAGAUCUUCCUUCUCCGACCCUUCGCUCUUCUCUUCCUCGAGCCUAUUGUGUUGUUCAUUUCCAUAUACAUGUCUGUCCUGUACGGAUUGCUCUACAUGUUCUUCGUUGCGUAUCCCGUUGUCUACCAAGAAGGAAAGCAUUGGAGUGCCGGGUCCACUGGUAUGAUGUUCAUUCCGCUCGCCAUCGGUGUCGUCAUGAGUGCUUUCUUUUCUCCUUUGAUCAACAAGCAUUACCUCUGGAUGUGCUCCAAGUGCCCAGGCAAGCCACCGGCCGAGUAUCGUCUGAUCCCUAUGAUGGCUUCUUGCUGGCUUAUCCCCAUCGGAUUGUUUAUCUUCGCCUGGACUUCCUACCCGCGUAUCCACUGGUUCGGACCCGCCAUUGGAGGUUGGCCCGUCGGAUUCGGCUUCAUUUACCUCUAUAACUCUGCCAACAACUAUCUUGUUGAUACUUAUCAACAUCAGGCAGCUUCUGCACUCGCUGCGAAAACCUUCCUUCGAUCUAUGUGGGGUGCCAGCGCUGUUCUGUUCACAGAGCAGAUGUACCACCGUCUUAAUUACCAGUGGGCCAGUACUCUCCUUGCCUUUAUUGGUUUGGCCUGCUGCGCUAUCCCCUUCGUCUUCUGGUUCAAGGGUGCUGCUAUCCGGAAGCACUCUCGCUACGCCUUCGGUGACGACGACGAGGUGGAGAAGGAACCUGCUGGCGAGAAGCAGGUUUAAUCGCUUCUAGUCAGAUUCUUAAUACCCACUAUUUUCUAUGGUUUUUCUCCCAUAUUAUUAUCCUUUUUAGGAUACUAAUCUUCGGUUCUUUUUUUUCUCGCUUCUUCCCUUCCUCUUGGAACCCGUGUGUCAUCAUGACUUGCAUGAUCUGCAUUGGCGAAAAAAAGCUUCGGAGUUUAUUCAUGGCAUGGGGCUUUUCAUUUGAUUUUACAGCACAGUACAUAUAUCCAUGUUUUGAUGUUAAUAUAGAUAGAUAGAUAACUAUUAACUAAUGACAUAGAAUUAUGAAAAAAAAAAAAAAAAAAAAAAAAAAAAGGGAAGAGAAAGGGCACAACCAUAGUUGUAACUUAUGCGGAAAUCGGAUGAAAGGAAUGGAUGCAAUGAGAGAACAUCUAAUUAAUAGAUCGGUACCGGCAAUUAACCCAAUACGAUGCACCUUAAAAGUAAAAUUAAAGAAUUAAGAAAAAAAAAUUUUUUUUUUUGAAUACGAGAACAGGAUUUCUUCUGCGUCCGUAAAAUCGAAUCCGGUGACUGGGUAGGGUAACUGAAGUCAUACAAUACCUUUCUGUUGGGAACUCGGCGCACGAAGCGAAGCGUCGCUCGAAUCGAUCUUUCCUUGUGGUGCAGUGUGGGCCGGUGAGAGACUGACAUCACCAUGUGCCGGAUCUAGAAUCCAAUAGUCUCAUGUCUCACGAAAGCUGAGAUAGCAAGAGAACCGGGCUGGUUGGGGCUGCAUUCACCGAAAUCAGGCGAUGGUAGUCGUACGUCGUCGGGGAUUUUUUUUUUUUGUUACGUAUCUAUUCUUCGAUUGUUAAUAGUCACUGCUAUUAUUACCGACUAUCAUCGUCGUUCUUCCUCUUCCGCGGAAGGGAAUCGGUGUGCUCCGUAGAAAUGGCGGUAGGCGUAGAAGAACAUGUCUUCGGGUUGGCUAAUGACUAUCUCUGGAGCGGAAACGGAGUGCUCAAGGGUAAGUAAGGAAAGAUUGAUCUCAGAUGGUUAGGGCAGGAUCGCGUCUUGCUAAUGAUAAUCCCCAGGCCCAUACAGAUUCGGCUAACGGCAACGGCUAGCUAGGAUGCAGUGCCUGGUCGUUCGGUUCGUUCCGCGAUAUGUCGUUUGAUAUGGAUAGGAACAUCAGCGUGGUUUCGUGUCCUUAGCAACCAAGUUGAAACAAUGCGGCUCUGCAGUGAACUGCUGAAAGGAAUAUCCGCUGCUAUGUGCCUCAUUAGCAUCCUCAAUGUCCCCUGUCCAGAUGGCAUACAAGGCCAGAUCUCUAGCUGAUAUCCCUCCGGCUGUCGCAGAAAUCAGUUCGAGUAGGCUGAUGUGAGUUUACCGAUAUCGCUGUCACUCGUCCAUAAUGAGGUGGUGUUCGAAGUCACGUCCAGUUCGCCAUGAUCCAGGCACAGGUCAUUUGCCCCGAGGCGACAGUGGCAUUGGUGAAAUUCGAGUAUUUUCAGCUCGUAUCGAGAUGUCAUGGAAGUUUCUUGGAAACUCAGGGGAACAUUCAUAGGACACCACCUGCCACGCAUGGCAAUAUACCCCUUCCCUCGCAUCUCCGAGACCAUCCGGAACCGGUUGAAUCCAAAAUACCGCACGCCCAGUGUUACCUCGGUGGAUGUGUCCAAGAACUGCGACACCAGCUCAAGCAUGAACUGGUAUAUACUGCGUUACACGCUUCGUCCUCUGCUGCCAGCUCCACGCUCGGGGCUCUAUAUAUCCCGUUAUUGGCUAUUCAACUGGCCUGGGAAAUGCCAUUUGCCCGGCAUCAUAACGAGAACACGUGGCGGGUAGCAGCUGCGACGGGCCCUGAUACGGAGAGAGUGGAUGCGAACAUCAAAGUUCGUCUGCCGGUUCCACAACUAUACCGAGAUCUCCAUGUACCGAGAAGUGAUCCGCAAGCCACUUCUGCAUAUGACUCGCGUACUGGGCGUGUACUGGGUUGGGCUGUUUCUCCUAGCAUCCAGGUGCUUCCACAUAUCUGUAAUACGCACGGGUUCAAGAGUACCGUCUGUCACAAAUACCGUAGAUAUUAUGGAGUAUCUACGGAUAGCUCAAUGAUUAGAACAGACUGUAAGCGCUGGUAGAAGAUGAAGGGAUGCGCGAGGAACACAAUCCUAUGGACUCUCCUGCUUCAAUUGGACUGGUGACGACAAGAAUAAUAGCCCGAGAGACCUGCUCGAAUGAUGAUCGAGUGAAGUCAAG